ACUACAAGUCAAGUUACAAAAUUUUUAGUAAACUGUGUUGUGUGUGUUGGGGAUUAUUUAGCAUUCUAGGUUAUUUUAUUUGGUUCUAUUAAUGCUUUUAUUUUACGCGUAUAGGACAUGCAACUAUGAUGUAUGUGUUAUCAUUUCAUAUUAUGUGUUUUACUUAAAAUAACUAUCGCAUACAACAAACAAAAGGUGUAAAUAUUUUUUCACAAAAGUUACAAGAACUCAACUUGAAGUUUGAAGAAAGAAAAUCUCGAAAGUUGUGGUACACAUAGUUUACGAAAAUACAACAUAAUGAACGGGGACACCAGAAAAAGAAAUAGUAGUUUCAGAAAAUUAUUUCCAAUAUUUUUCUCGCAUAAAUCUAGAGAUAAAAACGGUAACAAGGAUCCCAUGCGAGUCAAGGAUUCGAGUGAAAAUAAUUCUUCCAAUAGUAAUACUUAUCAAAAUCCUCAAGAAGUUAUCACGAAUACUGCGACGCGAAUGGAUAAUGAUGAUAACAAUGAUCGUAUAUAUGAAGAUCUUUCAGUAUCGCGUAAACAACAAUCGUUUGAUAGCGAAUCGCAGUGUAAUGACGUGCUUACCAAUCAUUCAUCGAGUAGUACUUUAGUAUCAGAUAGUGCGAGAAAUAGAACAUGUUUAAAUUAUAGUUCUGACAGUGGAAAUACAAAAGAGAAGUAUUCGCAUCACGUGGCUAGACCUCAAGUGCCGCCAAAACCGUCUAGUGAAGCACACACAUCACCGAACAGUAAAAAUAACAUGAACGACAUGCAACAAUUUCCAGAUGUAUAUUACCACUCUUUAGAAAAGCUAUCUGAUAAAAUAUCACCUUUAGAUGAAUUUGAGAUAUACAGAGCCUCAAAAGCGCAUGCCGAUCCUGCGCCAGUUGGUGCCGAAAUAAAGAAAGUGAGUACCAAAUUUCUUAUUUCACCGACGAAAGAAGCAGAAGUGCGAACAAUACAGCCAACACGAGCGAGAAGUUUGUCCUUAGAUAAAGAUAAUAGCAAACCCAGAGUUGCCAAAACACCAACAGAAAAUGAUAUUGCCAAGGAUGUAAAAAUUAGGAAAUCAUAUAAUUAUUCUGCCCCAACUUCACCUAUACCUAUAAAUCACAGAACUCCAAGCAUGCCAAAAACCGUAUCGCCAUAUGAACAAGUAAAGAAAACUAUGACAGAAGCAGAAGAAAAGAGAAAUUCUUUGAGUCGUAUAUGUCUUCGGAAUAACUUAAGUCCUUCUCCGAAGCCUACAGGUUUUCACCAAAUAGUAACGACACCGACUUCUACAACGAACAUUACCGAUGCAUCGAAAUUGGAAGUUGUUGAAAAAGAAAAGACAAGAAAGCGAGUGGAAGCAUUUUACUGGCAGAAACUAAAAGAACAGAAACAAAAAGAAGAUGAUUACUUAAUGAGGCAGUCUUUACAGUAUUCUUCCAUGAGAAACCCUGUGCGUCGACAUAUUUAUUCAAAUUCAACAUGUAGUUCACCAAAUUCGUUGUCCGUUGAGACGAAAAGUUGCAGCUUGCCUCGAGGAAGAGAUUUGGAGAGUUAUUGUUCCAAUCAGCCAAUUCAGACCUUAUCUCCUUUCAACAGAGCCGCACCUGAGAGGCGUACUUAUGAAAGAGAUACUUCUUUUACACGAUCCCCUUCGAUCGACCAGGAAGUAAUUUAUAGACACCCUGAAAAAUUGAAUUAUAUAAAUAAGUUGCCCGAGAGUUCAGGUUCAAAAAUAGCUCCUAUUUUUCAAAAAGGAUCUUUAACACAGGUAUCGCAGAACUCUAAUCUCAAACCGAAACGAGUAAGUUUUGAAGAACAAUAUUUGUCAGUCAACGGUGAUUUUGUUAUGAAUUAUACUGGUGUCCCAAUAGUGAACUAUGAAGUGACGAGCGACAGUAAAUAUGCGACGAGGAAUGUAUUUUCGAAUGUUUCAUUGGGAUCAAGAGAACCCGGGUCUAGAGGCCCUCCUCGGCCUCCUCUUCGGACUACUAGUGUCGGAAAAAGUAUCGGAAUAUCGAAUAAAAAACUUCUUUUUCCCGGACAUUCGAUGUAUUCAGAGUCUGAGAGCGGUUCAGAGGCCGGGGAGAUACAAAGGAUUCUUCAGGGAGAUUCACGCAAAGAAGAAGACUGGCACGGAGACGGCUCUCGGAUCGAUGGAGGUCUAUCGGACGGUGAAGCUGGCCGAGGUCCGAAUCGGGGCCGCACCUCCAGAAGGGAUGACCCGCGACGACACACACUGGCGGGUAAUCACCUGUACAUGCACCCCCACCCUGGAGCGAUCAACUCGCUCGAAAUGGAGCUAUUCGGAAACCAGAGGAUUAUGAACGUACCGGAGUACGCAACUGUCACCAAAUACCGCGAUGGCAAGAUUCGAACCUUAGAUCCGCGAUUGAGUAAGCCACCCCUACCACGGGGCUAUCCGACACCAUCAAAUGCCAUGCUCUUCGAUGACGACCCUGGCAUCAUGUCGGAGGUCGAGACCGCUUCGACCGGGUUCCGAAGGGGUGGCAAGCAGCGAUCUUCGCUCCCCGUCGUCCGAACCCCGAGCAAGACUCUUGAGAGACCAUUGGGCUUGGUAUUCUUGCAAUACCGUAACGAAACCAAGCGGGCAUUGCUGCCCAAUGAGAUAACUUCCAUUGACACUGUCAAGGCUCUCUUCGUGCGAAGCUUCCCCAAGCAGCUGACUAUGCAGUACAUGGAUAGUCCGCUUGUGAAGAUCUACAUCCACGACUCUUCUAAGGACAUGUUCUACGAGCUGGAAGAUGACAGGGCCCAUCUUCGCGACAUUCGUGACCGUUCGGUACUGCGUCUCUUUGAAGCAACCGACAUUGGUGGAGGGGCCUUCCCUGGUGUGGUCGGCGUGGGAUCCGUGGCCAUGCCUCCUGGUGCCGCCAACUGCUCUGGUCCAUCCAGCUGGGACCAGGAUCAGAGUUAUUUUAGCGAGCCAGAAAUAGAUUCCGACUAUCAUCAACACGUUCACAAGUCUAAGGUCAAGGCCCCAGCCUACUACAUGGGGACCCAGGCUCCCAGCACUCUGCCUCGUGGGGGCUCUAUUCUGCGUGCGUUCUCUCCCGCGGCGCCCCCGGUACCAGCUGAUCGCGUCAAGACUCUGCCGGGAGCAGGUCACAAUGCUGAUGGCUACAUGUCAUCCCCUGAGCGUGCCUCCAGGGCACCCUAUGAAGACCCGUAUUACACGCAGUUCCUGGCUCCAGUUGCUCCUCGCCCCAUUGCUGCAGCCAUAGACGAAGAAGUGAGUGAGCCUAUCAUUGUUGAAGAUGGUUACACUAUUUACGGCGGAAAUGCUCCGCGCCCUAUGCCUAGACUUCCAUACGACCCCAGGCUGCCCCAAGACGACAUGCAGCGUCUCCGUGUCGAGAAAAUGGAAAGGCAGCUUGCUAAUUUGACAGGGCUAGUGCAGAAAGCAUUACAAGUGCCCGCUCCUGCCGCGCCGCCCGCGGUCACACCCAGACAAGAGUUCAACUAUGCCGUCGCGAGACCGAACAACCAAGAGAAAUCUGUGUCGUUUGAGAAGUCGGUCUCAUUUUGCGAUGACCCACCCGACUUGAAUUCUCCCAAACAACACUCACCUCAACACUCAGCCGAUACCAAACCGACCAAACCGGCAAUCAAAUCAUCAACAUUGCCAAGGACUUCUUCGCAAGAACGCGAUCGCCUGAAGCCGGCUCCUCCACCAAAGCCGGCCGGUCUAGUGGGUCAACAGACGAUGGUGGCUCAAAGGACUUAUACCAUCACAGUUAAUACAGAUUUCUUCAACCAACUCCGCAUUCUGCAAAAGCAGAGCCGCGAUUUGAGGAUCGAGACUCGUAAUUUACGCCGCUCGACCUUGGCUCAUGCCAUCCAGAUGAGGCAGCUCAUGGCUGAGACCAUCGUAAAAAUCGGAGCCCUAGCUGCUAGUUUCUGCGAAGAAGACCCCGAAUCGCAACUUACUCGUGAAGAGGAAAUAUAUCGCCAAGACAUGCUCUUGCUUGAGAAUGAUCUUUAUGAGCUGGAGGCCACAGUGGAGCGCCUUCGCGGUCAAGCUGCCAACAGGGAGACCCGCGUGAACAUGGCUGAUAUAGAACGCAUUGCUAUGGUGCUUUCCAAGAGCAGCAAGACUGUGGCCGACUGGAAACUGAAGUUCCCCAUUCUCCAGGAGACCAUGAAACUGAAGCUGGCAUCUGAAAUGGAAAAGGUGGUUCGCAAAGAGAAGAUGCUAGAAGAGGAGCCAGAACGGCUGGAGCUGGCCUUGCGCCGUUGUAAGAAAUUAACCGGGACUUUGGUCACGCUGAAAAGGUUGGCCUGCGUGCAGGAGCAAAGACUGCCUAUUGUAGACGGUCGCACGUCUCCCACUUCGUCGCAGAGCUCGACAUUCACUGCGGGCCCUUCCUCGGAGGAGUUCACUUCUGAAAGUGCCUGCAACCAAGUGCAGGCCAAUAAGGGGGCCGGCUGCAACGGGCGAGCGGCCCGCGGACCAGCGGAGCUGCGGCCAGAGAACGCCCUCGACGCGCUACUAGACGAGCUGCAGACCUUCGCCAAGCCGGCCGAGCGCGCCGCCGCCCGCGAGCCCCCGCUGCGGCGGCUGCACUCCUACCCCAGCGGCUCCGACACGGACGCGUCCCCGCCCGUGCGCGCCCGCGGCCAGCACCCGCCCAAGCCGCCGAUCCCUGAACGCCACCCGGAGCUGCUGGCGUUGGCUGCGCGUCGCGCCCCACCCCCGCCGCCGCCUCGCACCACUUCCCGAUCCCCUCUCGCGUCGCCAACGUCCCCGUCCUCUCCGCCUCGCAUCGACUUUGAUCCCAACGACCCGAACGACGACAAGGCCGCAUCUCGGCAAUCCGUGCUCGAGCAGCGGCACCAAGAACUGCUGAAGAAACAGAAGGCCCUCCAGGAACAGUACGCGCGGCUGCAGAUGAUCCAGCGGAGCGGUCCCACCCUCCCGACGUCCGCCCAGCCUGACUUGAAAAAAACCGGCAGCGAGUCCAAUUUGCUCACGAAAAUGAACCUCAACUUAGCCACGCCUGCCAUUUCGGGCAGUAUGACGCACCUAGCCGGUGAAGGAGAACGCAACAAAAGCGUGGAUGCUGCGACGGACAGCAAGCUGGAGGGCAGCGCGACUACCAACAAAGUUUACGAGACUGAUAUACUGUGACCUUGUAGUCGUUGCUUCAUUGUAUCUGUGUAACUAUUAAACGUAAUUAUGUUAUUUAAAGUAACUCUUAUCUUUAUGAAUUACGUCUAUUCUAUUAAGGGAUAUCUUUGUCCUAAUAAAUAUGUUUCAAUUGUAAUUUAAUAACGUUUGGAGGCGCCUGCCCGCCGUUUCGACGACUAUGUAUUGCAUUAUGUAUAUAAAAUGUCAAGGUUCUUAAUUUAGUUAGUUUAUUAAGAUGUACAAUAAUUUCUAAAUUAAUUACGCAUUAUGCGUUUGUGUUCAUCAAAACUUUAAUAAUAUGUUUAAUAAUAUGAUCUUACUGUGUUGCUAUCUCCAAAUAUCCCAAUGAUCGAACGCUGAACAAUGAACAUAUUCAUUCACCCUUUAUUACUCGUCAUAAAAUUAUACGGAUUAACAUUUUAAGUGUUGUAUUAUCGUCAAAGAACAACAGAAAAUCCAAAAAAAAAAUGUAGUAGAAUUAAUAUAAACUACAAUGAAUGUUUUUUCUCUUAAAAAAAAAAAGUUUAAAUGACAGACUUAUUAUAAGACCAUUAAAUAGGCUCUGGUCAACUCUUCACUGUAUAUAUAUUCACUAAACUUAGGUCUCCUAUCCUAUCUGCUAGACACUAAUGUUUCUACUAUACCCAUUUAUACUAUCCUAUUACUAUAUAGUGUCUGUAAAGUGCCAAAGUGUUUUUCCCAAUGAAAAUUCUGACAACGAUUUCGCAACUUUUGGCGCACUGAAUGCAAAACAAAAAGAAAUUAAAUUUCUCUAGAGCUCCAUAAAUACAACGAAAUUAUGUUGUAUCUUUCAAACCUUCGGUACUUCUAGACUAUUUAAUAUUUUUGACGGCUGGACAAAAGUUUAAAAAUUGAUUGAAUCGACUGUGAUAAGAAGUUACCUAGUAAAAGGAUAAGAAUUCAAUUCUUCUAUCUUGUGCUUCUUAUUCUAUUUUAAUUUUCCGACUUUACAAUUUAAAAUAAUCAGACUACUAACACAAUACUUCAUACUUUUAAUAUAAAUAUUUGACGGCUUUGAAUCAAGGAAAAAAAAAACUGAUAAGUAUAUAAAUUGACAGCCACUUUUCUGAAAAUAUAUUAUUGUAAUACUCGCACGUGAAUACCGU